AUGAAGGAAGAAUUCUUCACAAAUCUACCAUCACACAUCACCAUUGACAUCCUCUCCCGACUCUCCGUCCCAACCAUUCUCCUAUGCAAAUCCGUUUGCAAGCCAUGGCUCGAUCUUCUCACCACUCAAGAAUUCAUCAACCAUCAUCUUUCCAACUCCAGCCCCGGCCUAGCCGUCUUCCCCGAAUUCCUCUCAUCACAACUCUACGAAUUCAAAGACGAGCAUAAUCUCGAGCACCAUGAGCUUCACUACAAUAUCCUCAUCACCAACUUAAAGCUCCCCCUUCACGGAUUUAUAUCAACGUCAGCCAACGGCGUCCUUCUCUGGCGCAACGCCAACAUCAGGCCAAAUGCCCUUGCCAUAUGCAAUCCGAUCACCCGUGAAUACAUAGAAAUCCAUUCACCUCAAGACUUCGACUACACGUACCCUCAAGUAGUCACAUUUGGAUUCGGAGCCAGCAGAGUCAGCAACGAACAUAAGUUAGUUAGAGUUUUCCAUGAUUGCAUACUGGAUCAAGACACGUACAGAGUAUUACAGAUCCCCAAAUCUGAGUGCCAUGUGUACACCGUUGGAGCCGGAUCAUGGAGGAGGGUCGCCCCUCCCGCUCCCUUCGUGUACAGCUGUCAUUCCGUUGGGGCAUUUCUGAAUGGAAAUCUUCACUGGCUUGUGCUUGAUUUAGAUAACAAGCCCGUCAUUUCUUGCUUUGAUCUUGAAACAGAGAUGUUUCGCGUAUUCUCAGCUCCUCCUCCGCAUCAAGGAGGAGGGCUUCUGAUAGACGUGUUUGCUUUGGGGGAAAGCCUCUGCGUGUGUGAUAACUCAUCCGAAGAUGAGAUUGUUAUCUGGCUGAUGAAGGAAUAUGGAGACGAGAAAUCGUGGAGGAAAGAAUAUGUGAUUAGCAAAAUUGAGGAUUAUAAGGGUCAGAGUUAUGAAGUAGUUCGGCCACUCAAAGUGUUCAAAGAUGGAGACAUGUUGAUGGCGUGCGGUGAGUUCUCCCUCUUUUACUCUUCAAGUAAGACAAGAACUAUUUCGCGGAUUGAAAUGUUUGGCUAUGCUAAUUCAGUCGUUCAUACCUCGAGCUUUCUCUCUCUCACGAGUUUUGGAACGGAGAACGUUAGCUACUUCUGAUUUCUAUAUAUGUUGUUUAUGAUUCUCAACCUCGUUGAAAAUUGAAGAGUAAAUAUCAAAAUACGAAUUUGGUCGAAAAACAGGUCCGUAAUAAAUGAAAUCCUUGUCGGAGUGGUCCUUUUUUUUUUGACGUUAACGAAGAGAGCAAUGUGAGUUCUUGAUCCAGAGAGUCAGCUCCCGUCAGAUUAUUUUCCCCCAAAGUCGAAGUACUUCGAAAGACCUUAAGUAAUCAAAGAAGGGAAUGGAGCCAGUGAAUGAGGUUUCAUUGAACUGCAACCAAGUAAGCAUGGAAGCAUUGCCGAUAGUGGUUGGGAUUUCUCUGGUGAGUCUGUUGGAAGAUAAAUGUGAGAGGAAGACUGCCGGAGAGAUGGUUGAGCAGAAGAGAUAAUAUACUUCCAAUGUAGAGAGAUUAAAUAUGGAAUGUGAGUUGAGCAUUUGCUUAUGCAUGAAUAAGUGUGAUGUUUUUGAGAUUACCAA